AUUCAGCAAAUGCUUUUUUCAACCACAUGAUUCAUUUUUUGUAAUAAACCAACACUACAUUUUGAGCUUACUCAGUUUUUCUAGCUUCAAAUAACAAUAACAUUUGGUUACCAUUCAACUGAAACUUAAGAGCUUACUUAAUGUUUACCAAUGUCGCAAGAAAUCGAUGUUAUAUGAUAAGUCAGCAUCAUUUUCUAAAACUUGCAAAUGAAACUGCCAAAUAGAUGCACAGUGAAUUAUUUUCAUAUUCAAUUUUUCUUGAAUAUACUUUGCUUUACGUUACAUUUCAUGACUAAAACAACCAUCAGACUCAGCGAGUACCGGCGUUUCUUUUGAUUUGAAGACCGAGCGGCUUCGGUUUGUACCAUCGGUUUUAUUUGCCAAUAAGUUACGCAUUCAGACGUAUAUUUUCAGUUUAUGAUCAAACUUUAUUGAACCAAGAGUAAAUUACUUCACCACUUAUUUUCAUCCAUGAAACAACGCAUGAGUUAAAAGCUAUGCUUAACCAAAAAUUGUGAAAGUCACCACGCCAUACCUGAAACCAAAAACGGCCUGAACAAACGGCCUGAACAAAAUAAAACCGUAAGUUAACUUUCAUGCCAAAAAGUCAAUCCGUGUCUUAAAAUUACUUUCAAAGAAAUUGAUGGAAAACAGAAUUAUUCCAAUUUUUUAACGAUAUUAUAAUUAUUUUAUUUGCGUCUUGACAAAUUGGUAACGAAAAUUUGGUUUUUUUUUUUUUAUUCCAAAAUGGUUCGUCUCAAACCCGCGUUCCUUCUUUUAUGUUGGACAAACUUUAUUUUAUCAACUUGUGAACGAAUUGAACUGAAUUACGGAAAAGCCACCUGUUCACACCAGUUCGAAGACCUGUUUACACUUCCAUUCAGCAACUUCCGGCUUCUGAGCGAUGACGUAACAAACCCGAGUGGAAAUUCCCACUUUCUCAGCCAGUUCAACAUCGGAAAUGGGGGAGUUGUCAAAUGCAAUAACCCAGCGAAAAAUUACUCCUCUAAAUAUCAAUUAUGCGCGUACGACAUGGAUAAUUUCCAACAAGUUAAAGUUGUCUUGGAAAUGACUAGUCGAUUUGUCCCGAGUUUUCAGUACCCGAAAUACGAAGCUGCAAUUGAUUCUUGCUCGCCCGGGCGAAAAAUUGAAGGACUUACUAACAUCAGAUACGGAUCAACAGAACAAUACACACCUGAAGUUUACUACUAUAUGCAACCGAGUUCUAAAAUCUUCGAACCCUUCAUAGUUGGAUAUAACACUCUCGCGAUCCGAACUGUCGAUAACUGUGAUGCUGGCAUUUACAAAUUUGACUUGCUGGUUGACAUGAAAAACGCAAAUGGAAGCUGGAAUUAUCUUUCUACUGAAAUUUCAAUCAACGUUGGAGAAACUGCUAUCUCCAAAAACCGCAGGUCUCGCCGAUCGGCGACUGGAAUUGAGAAGCGAGCUCUAACUCUAAACGUUCCCGAGGAAGAAACUUUUGAUCCGAUUAAUGUUCCUGAUUCACUGGAACCGCCGAUCACAGGAACAUCUUUCUCCUACAACGUGCUCGUAUACGACGAAGUUUUUGAACUGAAUGUCGACACUGGUUUCAUGCGAAUUAUCCCAGGAAAAAGAGUGGAUAGGGAAGAAAUGGUACAGCAUGAAAUUGUAUUCAACAUGAGAGUCAAUACGACAAAUUUAUACGAAGUGACUGUCAGCAUCGUCGUCCUUGACAAGGACGACACCGCCCCGGAGAUCAUCGAUCGAAUUGAGCCGAUCCAGGGCUUCGUACCACAGAACCCAGAGCCUGGACUCCAGAUACUGGAACUCACUAUCACUGACCGGGAUGCCCUUCCAGAUAUGGAAACUCGGAGAUGGGCUAUUUCUUUAGCGCAGCAGACGGCAACUCCGGCCACUGGAAAUGUGAACUCAUUGUUCCGACUGAGCCGACAAACAAUUCAGCCGCAAGGCGAAGAAGACACUGUCUGGAUUGAAUACGCGGGAGACGAAUCACAGACCUUAUCCCAGGACUCCUAUUCUCUAACUGUCGAACUGUCAGAUUUAGCGAACAAUAGGAGGAGCUAUGACGUAAUCAUAUCCGUGGGAGAUCCGGUGUUGCAGGUGCUGCCAAUUCCAGAGAUCUUGCACAUUGCCGAAGAGGAACCUUCCGGAACUUUGAUUUAUCGAGUGAGAGUUGUGACGGGUGGCAUCGAAUCAAGUCCAACUUUUGCGUUUACUUCCAAUGGAAACGGAGACGAGUUCUCGUUCAAGUCAUUUUAUGGUGAAAUCUACACCAACAAAGUGUUCGACCUAGAUGUUACGCCAGCUGUCCAAAGCGACUUCGAGAUUCGAGUUGUAGUAACUGCUGGUGAACAAACAGAGACUAGGACCUUUCGGAUACAAAUAGUCGAUAUAAACGACCACGCACCCAUUUUCUCACCGAGUCUGUACACUGCGACUAUAAGCGAAGACAGAUCCUCAACAUCGGCCAUUGUUUUCAACAAUGGAGCAAACGCAAGAUUGCUUGCUACUGACGCUGAUAGAACCAGUCCGAACAACGAAGUCUACUUCAUCAUCAACUCGGAUGCCCCCUUCAUCAUCAACGAGAUAACAGGAGAAAUAUUCCCAAAUGGGGUAGACUUCGAGGCGACUGUAGACCGACCGUUAGACCCCUUCACUGUUAUUGCACGAGACAAGGGACUGGAUGGUUUGAUCCGCGAGGACAUAGCGACAGUUGAUAUAAGAGUCUUAAACGUCAACGAUGAAGCGCCUAUAUUUGAAGCGGAAAUGUCAAAUGGCAGCUGCCUGUACGAAUUCACAGUGGGUCAAACGAUCGGUAAUGGGUUCCAGAUUGGCAGUGUCAGUGCAUAUGAUCCGGACGGAAACUCCAUCACGUACAGUAUCGAAUCAGACAAUUCAGCGCCUCCAUUUGAGUUCAGAGAGACAUCAAUUGGAAUUCUUGUGCGAACCGAUCAGCCUAAUAGCAACGGACUGUACGAACUUACCCAGGAGCUGUACCAGUUUAGAGUAGUGGCCCAGGAGAGUGUUCAAGCAAGCCAGGGAGCAACUAAUAUCAAAACUUGUGAUGUCCAAGUUCACGUGGAAAGCGCCAAUCUCAAUUCACCUGAGUUUGAAAACUGCCCAAAUGGUGUGGCGAGAUUUUCAGUUAAUGAAAAUUCAGCAAUCGGAACCUUUGUCGGAAAUCUGAACGCACAAGACAGAGAUAUCGGGCAGAGUGGACGAAUUAAUUUCUUGGCACAAGAAAACGAAGAGUGGUUUGCGGUCACUCGGUCUCUUGUCUCGGGAUCAAGCACAGAAGCAGUCGGACGAAUUACAGUUAAAUCUGACAACUUGGAUGCUGAAACCUCAACAGAGCACUGCUUCUUCGCCUUGGCGAGGGAUGGGUACAGUGAUCCUGAUGACGGACUGUCUUCAAUUCAGUACAAACAGACUGCCUGCAAAGUUUGCGUGACUGUGAACAACCUUCAAGAUACACCACCACUGUUCUUCAACCGGGAACCAAUUAAUGUUGAAGUGGCGUCAUCUGAGCUCGACGCGUUCAUUAAUAUUUUGGCGUAUGACCUGGACGAUCCUGAUGGUGUGAUCACAUACAGUUUAACUGAAACUGGAGGAUAUCCCGAUAAUUUUGAGAUUGGCUCGACCACUGGGGAAUUGAAGGGAGUCAAUCUUAAUGAAGUUCUUGGCGGAGGUGAAAGCAGAGUGGUUGCACUCGAGGUCUCCGCCGUAGACUCCAGUUCCAGCAUCAGAUCAAUUAAAGUCGACGUGAAAGUAGUCCAGGCAGCGGAUGGAGGAGUUGCUCCUGAGUUCCUUGAUAUGACAGACGGACAGUAUGUUUUCAACGUACCGGAAAAUAUAACUAAAGGGUCACUUCUCGAACCCAGCAUCGAAGUACAACUUUCUGGAACAGGUGAAAAAAUUUGUAUUUGGAGUUUCGGAUCUUCAAAUGACGAUUCGGAUCGACUAUUUGGGUAUACAAAUCCGAGUCCUACUCAAAUCCGGAUGUCUCGAAUGCAAAUAAAAGUUGCUCAACAACUAGAUUAUGACGAUGCAAGUGUCCGUAGGCAUACGUUCGAAGUCAAAUGUCGGGACUCGACAUUGAGUUAUUUAGAAUCAAACGCGGAAGUAGUGAUAAAUGUGCUUGACGUGAACGACGAGAUCCCAUUUUUUUCAGACACAUCUAACGUAUUCAGCCUUUAUGAAGACGCUUCUAUUGGUGAUGUUGUCGGAAGCGUAACGGCAGCUGAUGAUGAUGGCGGAACUGUUCUCACUUACUCUUUAUCUUCAAGUAUUAACCCAGAUUGGUUUAGAAUUGCGACCGAAACGGGUCAAAUUGAGGUCAAUGGCGUAUUAACGCGAAGUCAAUGGGUUGGAACCGCACGAGUCAGUGACGGAGCGCCAUCGGCUAAUAAUGAUGUUGGAGAACCGAAUGAAAAUGAAAGAACUGUUUUGAUUAACAUAUACGAUGUUAACGAUCAGAAACCAGUAGUUGUUCCUCAGGCAGGAAGUGAAACUCAGCCUUUCGAAAUCUUGGAGUCUAUUGGUGUUAAUUUUCCGAUCGCGGGUUUCGAUGCCGAAGAUGAGGACGAGGAUCCGGCCCAAAGCUUUACUUUUUCCAUCACGGCUGAUAGCGGGUUUGUGCCUUUUACAAUCAGUAGCCAAGGAGGGCUUCUGAAAGUCAGUGAUCAAUUGGACGCCGAUGGAGAUAAUGCACAGACGGAGUACAAUUUCAAUAUCCAGGUAUUCGACAACGUUCAAAGUAGCGACCCUUUCCCAAUAACAAUUCGUGUUAUAAACGCCGACGACGAGCCCCCAGUAUUUAUAAACAGCAACACAUUCGGCAUCAAGGAGGAAAAUGUUUCACAAGUCGGACAAGUUGUGUUCCGAGUCGAGGCAGUAAACGAAGAUGCAGUGCCUGGAACUAACUCGGCAGUUGUGUAUGGAUUGAGUGGGGGAUCUGUCGACGACGUCUUCCAGAUGAACCCGGAAACAGGGGAAAUUACUCUUCUACGAGUGGUGGACCGAGAAGCGUCAGGGGAAUCCGAGUUCUUGCUUCUGGUAACCGCAACUGAAGUCGCCAGUAACCUUGCGAACGUAAUGGAGUUGAGAGUGACGGUUGAAGAUAUAAACGACCACGUUCCAUACUUCGACGAAUCCUCGCUUCGAGUGUUUGUUAAUGAAAAUUCACCAACUGGAAGUCUAGUAGUGACCGAAUUUGCACGUGAUGAUGAUUUUGCUGGGCCACCUUCUUUUUUUGGUUCGAUCAUGAGCUACUCGAUGGUAGAUGGAACCUGUGACAAUCUCUUCAGUGUUGAACCUGAAGGAGAAAUCGUUGUGCAGGAUAGUCAACGUUUGGAUCGCGAAACGCUAAAUUUCCCGUUUGACGAGUGUACAAUCAAAAUUCAAGCCGUGGACGGUGGCGGGCUUUCAGGGAAUAACACAAUCACCAUAAUUGUCCAAGAUGUAGACGACAAUGAACCCCAUUUUGCAGAACCAAAACAACGCUUCGCAGAAAUUGAGGAAAGCAGUGAAUCGAACACAAUUAUCUACGGAAUUGAGGUUAUCGACGCAGACACUAUUGCAAAGAACACGGAAAUGAAUCAAGCCCGCCUGGUUCCAAAUGACAGCGGAUUUCCGAAUGACGAGCAGUUCAGAGUGGAAUACGAUGCCGUCAGAAACAUGGUGCUAAUUCGAAACAACGUACCCCUUCUGUUCACUGAUCUUCAGCUGAAUCCUGGCGAGCAACUUAAAGUCAAAGUCGCGUUGCUCCAAGAUAAUUUUGAUAGAGAUACAGCUGAGUUUACCUUCACUCUGAUCGACUGGAACAACCACGAGCCGGUGGUUUCAGUUGUGACACCGACUACUUUGCCCGUACAGUUGACAGAAGGAGCGUCUUUUGACAGUUCCCUUUCAAUUGCAACAGUGGAGGCAGCCGAUGAUGACUUAAAAGAAGAAGGUUUCAAUGAUGAACUGAAUCAGCGUAGAAUUCGUCGAUCUGCUAGCUCAAACCUGAAGCUGUACAGUUGGUUCAUUCUUUGGAGCUCGGAUCCGAGAGUUCGAUUUGAAAUUAAACCCGAUGAAGUUGACCCAACAAGAGCCCAAGUGUAUCAGAUACAAGCACUCGACAACGAGAUAUCAACUGAGCAGAGCUUCACUCUUCAAGCAUGUGCUGAAGACAACCCACGAGAAAGCUACAAACCCAAGUUAUACGGAUGCGUAGAUAUCCCUAUUCAAACUCUCAAUACGAAUAACAAAUGUCCGGUAUUUCAACCUUAUCCUUUAGUGACGGUACCCGAAAACAGAAAUGCAGCUGUAAAUUUGUUGGACACUCAAUCUGUUUUGGAUUUUGACCAGCAAGCUAUAGCAUCAGUGGACGCAAGCGUCACCGUGGUGUCGCUGGACUUCACUGUGUUCGCUUUCUCCAAUGGGAUCCUGCGCAAACCACUGGGAGUCAGUCUAAACAGGGAAGCACAGGAGUUCUAUAAUGUUAUUUUCCGAGUGUGCGACGGACAAAACAAUUGUUGUGAUCAGACUGUACAUAUCAGAGUGACUGACGAGAAUGACAACGGACAGAGUGAUGGGGGAGUAUCUAUUGUGGAUGUGUUUUACUUGGAAGAAAAAGGCAGUACAGCCGUGCAAGCCGAUAUAUCUGCGCCAGUCAAUGUGAAUGAUGCAGAUUGCUGCUCAUCCAAUGGCAAAUUUUUCAAAUUGACAUCAAUAGAGCCGUCUCAGUUUGGCGCCGAAAGUUUCGAAGUUGACGGCAACGGGUUAUUGUACAUUUUCAGUGGUCUAAGUCAAGGUUCCUAUGCAGUUAAUGUAAACGUAGAAGAUCAAGAUGACCCCAAUGGUAACAUCAAUGUGGCGUCAAAAUUCCAAAUUGAAGUGUCUCGAGUUACUAGAGAGAUGAUCGAACAAAUGAUGACGAUAAAAAUCGUAGGAAUAACCGCCGAUCAAUUCGUUGGAUCUGCAACUCAGUUCAGCCGAGUUGAUUAUUACGCCAGAUUGCGUAAUAGUAUCAGACAAAUUAUGUCACUGCAAAGUGCGGAGCAGGUCGUGAUUUUUGGGCUGAAAGAAAGUGAUGAUAAUUAUGAGACUGAUUACGGCUGGCCCUAUCAUCAGCCAGAGUUGGAUGUUGGAUUUGUAGUAAGAACUGGACCUGGAAGCGAAGUAUUCUACUCACCAGUGCUCACGAAUUUCUAUCUUAGUUCUAGCCGCGUCAGAUUGUCGGAACUGCUGGGCUUGACUGUGGCCGAAGUGAAUGUGGAGCUGUGUGACACUGGGAUAGCUACUACCCAACCCGAUUGCUACACUAGGCGCACCGUAGACACUGAAAAUGGAGCUAUUCUAGUCGGAUCAUCAUCUCCCAGGUCCAUAGUAGCGCUUCGAAUGGUGAUUGAGGCCGUGAGUGACCAGCUGUACUACAAGGCCAUAGCCCCACAGAGACUGUUCAACGUGGAGGAGGAGGUGUGUGUUCGCAACCCAUGCAAGAAUGAAGGACAGUGUGUACCCGAGUAUGGCGAUUUGUCCACGCAGACUAUGAGAUACACUUACAGGUGUGAAUGUCGGCUUCUUUUCACUGGACCGAAUUGUGAGAAAAUGCAGAGGACUUUCCUGGGUUCUCAAGGGAACCCCUCCUACGCACUGUAUGCUCCACUGGUCAUUUACAGCACAGACGAACACCUGCAGUUUGAUUUCAUGACAGACAAACCAGAUGGCUUGUUGCUCUAUGCUGGACCCAUGGAUCAGUUGUACCACCCGACGAGCGUAGAAGCGUUAAAUCAAAAUCAAGACUUCAUUGCCGUGGAAUUGAGUGGGGGAUCUGUGCGACUUCAUGCCAACGCAGGAUGUGGAACCCUGGUAAUAUCGAUCGGAUCCGAUUUGAACGACGGAAAACAACACCACGUCGACAUUUUCAUUGAUGACCACUACACCACUCUACGAAUAGACUACUGCGCAGACGCCCUUGUUGAUGAGAGUGAUAGCGGAGUGGUCUAUUCGCACAUAACCAGAGAUGGUAUUUGUCAAACUAGGGCUUUUAUUCCUGGUUGCGGGAACUUCAUUACAACUCCGGAACCUCUGCAACUAGGAGGCUCUGCUACAAGUUUCUUAACUUACCAGAAUAUCAGAUCGAACUUUUUUGACGGCGUAAUUUCUGACGUAAUAACUAAUGGCUAUAUCAUUGAUUUGGACGAACCGGUCAGAGUGUCUGAUAAUAGCGUGUCAGGAAAUCUGAAGACUGAUGAAUUUUGUUUCUCCGGAAACAGCGCUGUAUGUCAAGGGAACUCAAGAUGUGUCGCUACUUUGACUGAGUUCUUGUAUUGUGAAUGUGAAGCGACAAGAUACGGAGAUAGAUGUCAAUAUGAGAAUAAGCCGCAUUAUUUCGACAAAAAUCUCGAUUCCUUUAUCCUCUACGAUGUGGAUGCUCAGAACUUAUUAGCCAAUCAGAGAAGACGACAAAAGAGAAGUGCCUCUCUUUUCCUUCCGAUUGAGAUGGACAAUGAGGGUGAAAUGAGUAUGCAGGUGACCUUCAGAACCACUGAUGUGAAUAGUGCUACUCUGAUGGUUGUGCAACACGAACUGCAGUACGAGUUCGUACACUUAGAGCUGUUCAACGGGAUUCCGAGAGCCAGAGUGAAUCUGGGAAACCAGUUGGAGACCUUCACUUUAGUCUCAAACGGAGUGCCCCCUGCCGAGGCUGGCAUCUGGGUGGCAGAUGGAAAUGAACACACACUCAAGUUCAUAAGAAUCAACAACUAUUUCGUGCUCACUUUAGACGGAGGCAGUGCCUAUAGAACUAUAUCUAUUCAAGGCUCCGAGUUUAAUCAUCUAAGCUUCAGCCCACUUGGCGUAUCAGUGGGAGGAUCGCCACGUUAUAAUUCACAGACAGGACUGUAUGAAGUGAACAACGGGUUCAAAGGCUGCGUUUUGGACGCGAGACUGAAUGGAAACUCCCUGCCUAUAAGAGAUGAACCGGGAAUGAACGAGGGAAAUGCGGAUAUUGCGGUGCUGACAGUGCAGAGUGUCGAGGAGGGAUGUGAGAAGGAUGCGUGUGUUAAUGAGCAGGCAUGUUCUGUACCCAGAGUCAGAUGUCUCAACUGGUUCGACGAAUUCUUCUGCACAUGUCCGCUGGGAACUUUCUUUGACCUCAACAACGAUAUCUGUCUCGACAUAAACGAAUGCGGUGAAGUUACUCCAACUGGCGUAUGUCUGAACAACGGACUUUGUGUGAACUACAAUCCCCUCGAUGUUGAAAACACAGAAGGAAUCUUGUUCAUGUGCACAUGUGCAGAUGGUUUCAGCGGCAACACUUGUGCGCGGUCAGAACAAAUAGUGUCCUCCGCAAAGUUGUCACUAGCUGCUUCCCUCAUCAUUAUUCUCGCUCUGCUUCUGUUGAUUCCCAUUCUAUUUUUCUUCAUUUGCUGCAUAAUGAGACAGUCCAAAAAGAAAACUAAGAAAAAUGUCGGAUACUACGACGACCAGAAGUUGGGAUUUGGCCAAUAUGAGGGAGGAGGAGAGAGAGAUCAGGAGUUCUAUAACGUGGCGCCUCUUCGAAAGCCACAAUCAGACGUCAUUUACACCUCAGAAGGCCCAGUACCUGUUGUUCACGAGCAUUUUCCAAUGACGCAAUUCACUCAAAACCCUGUAAUGAGUGGGAAUCCCCAUCACAAUUUGGGAUUUGUGCCAGAUGAAUCGGAUAAGACGCCCUCGUUGUCGCCGCGUCUCCCUCCAUACGAGAAUGGUCAUAUUAAGCCACACCACCAGCCAAUCGAACACAUUCUGGGUCCGAGGUUAGAGCACGCAGACGAUGCCCUCCGAAGACGAGGGGCUGAUGGUCUGAUGGUCUACCAUUACGAGGGGGAGGGAUCCGAAACGGGAACCCUCAGCACAGUCAACACCUCCCCUCACCAUGGUCCCCCUGAUUGGAACCAAUUUUCCCGAUACCACAAUCAUCCACAGCUUGGUCCUGCUGCACACAUGAUGACCGACGGAGCGAGCGACAGAGACUAAACCUUUCCCUUAACAUAGCACCUCUCCCCACCCAACCCUUCAUUUACCACACGUCCUAAGUUACACAAAAACAUAGCAUAUCAAAAAUUUGCUUUAAUGUCUAACAUGAAACUGUCAUUAACACUAAUGGUUUUGAGACUUGAAGUUUUCCCCUUCUAGAGAUUGAUGUUCCGUGCAUAUAAUUUUGUAAUUUCUUGGAGUUCAUUUGUGAAUAUUUAGGUUUUAUGUAAAUAGAAAAACUUUUCUAUCCAAAUUCAAUAUG